CGGGAAUUAAAAACAUGGAUGUUCCAGAGCACGUUUGAAUGAACAGGCCCAAUACAGCUGGCAUUAGAAUGCUUCUCUCUGUUUUAAGGGCAUACGGCACUUUAUCACUCAUUUCCAUGACACAGCACUUUAUGAAACCUGUCCCCGCUGGUUGUUUUUAAUUCUAUGAUUUUAUUGCUUGGAUUUUAAUGUAUUUAUUAUUUAUUUUGUGAAUCGUUGGAAUGUUUUUGGUCAAAUGUCUUGUGUUGUUGUUUUCGGGCUUGUCCCUGUUGUAAGCCACCCCGGGUCCCUUUGGGGAGAUGGGGCGGGAUAUAAAAAUAAAGUUUAUUAUUAUUAUUUAUAUUAUAACAGAUUUCAUAUGCAAUAGGGUAACAGUGUAAAUCAAUGUUUCUCAACCAGGGGGUCGGGACCCCUGGGUAGGUCACGAAGGGGAUGUCAGAGGUGUUGUCAAAGACCAUCAGAAAUACAUAUUUCUGAUGGUCUUAGGAACCCCUUUGGCAGUCCUUGUGAAUGUGAUCAACAAAUUCUCUGGUUAAUUGGGGACCAUUUUAUUUAUUUAUUUAUUUAUUUUAUUAGACUUGUAUACCGCUACUCCCAGUUUGGCUCGGAGCGGUUUACAGAAAUAGAUUAAAACAAUACACUUAGCUUUAAAUAAACAAUAACAACAAUAAAAACAACAAUAAAAACAGACAUAGCCCCGAGUUUUUCACCCAUCGAAAGCUUGUUGGAAGAGCAAGGUUUUGCAGGCUUUCCGAAAGGCAAGUAGGUCUCGGAUAGUUCGAGUUUCAACUGGCAAGGCAUUCCAUAAAUGAGGGGCUACAAUCAAGAAGGCAUUCUUCCUAGUAGAAGACAAAUGAUAAGUCCGUAUGUUAGGGAUUUCAAGCAAAUUUUGGUCUUCGGACCGAAGUAAUCUCUGGGGUUGGUAGGGGGAUAAGCGGGCCCUCAGGUACGCCGGCCCUAAACCAUGUAAGGCCUUAAAGGUUAGUACCAGUAUCUUGAAAGUAAUCCGGUACUCAAUCGGUAGCCAGUGCAGCUGUUGUAGAAUUGGGGUGAUACGCCACCUCACCGGCACCCUGGCGAGAAGACGAGCUGCCGCAUUUUGCACCAGCUUCAGUUUCCGGAUCACUGACAUAGGAAGGCCAAUGUAGAGGGCGUUACAGUAGCCGAGCCUCAAGAUGACCGUCGCCUGGAUCACCGUAGCCAGGUCGUUCCUAGAUAGGUAGGGAGCCAGUCGCCUAGCCUGACGUAGAUGGAAAAACGCAGAUCUGCUCACAGCAGAGACCUGGGCCUCCAUCGUGAGCAGAGGGUCCAAUAAGACACCAAGACUUUUCACAGAAGAUGACGGAUGUAGUGUCUCGCCAUCCAGGGUAGGCAGCUGCAUCUCCCCCCCACCCGGACGGCCCAGCCAAAGGAUCUCCGUCUUCGCUGGAUUCACCCUCAACCUGCUGGCACGCAACCAUCCAGUAACGGCCUCAAGGCACUGAUGGAAACUAUUGGGUACGGAGUCCGACCGGCCCUCCAUCCUCAGAAUGAGCUGUGUGUCAUCAGCGUACUGGUGGCACUCAAGCCCAAAGCUCCGCACCAGUCGGGCAAGCGGUCGCAAAUAGAUGUUAAAUAAUAGAGGAGAGAGAAUAGCUCCCUGUGGGACCCCACAAGUUAGUGGAGACCUCUCGGAAACCAUCCCUCCCCUCACCACCCGCUGUCCCUGAUUCUGGAGGAAGGAGGACACCCAUUUAAGGGGUAUCUCCCUAACCCCCAUCAUGGCUAGGCGAUGGGUCAAUAGAUUGACCGUAUCAAAUGCUGCUGUGAGAUCCAAUAACACGAGCAGCGCUGAUCCGCCUUGAUCCCUUUGGCAGCGAAGCUGAUCUGUGAUGGCAACUAGCACAGUCUCCGUCCCGUGCCCCCUACGGAAGCCGGACUGGAAGGGAUCAAGUCCGGCUGUGCGAUUGAGGAACUGCUGCAACUGUUCCGCUGCUGCCCUCUCAACCACCUUGCCCAGAAACGGAAGAUUCGAGACUGGGUGAUAGCUAGAGGAAACCGAACGAUCUAAGUCUGGUUUCUUCAGCAGCGGAGAUACCAUCGCCUCUUUUAAACCCUCUGGAAAAACUCCUCAAGGGAGCUAUUUAUUAUAUUCAACAGAGGUUCACGUAAUCCCUCCAGGCAAGAUUUUACUAGCCAGGAGGGACGCGGAUCGAGGGAGCAGGUGGUCGGCCUAGUUGCAGUCAUCUGGUGGCACAAGCUAUACCUGGUACUACCCAGAUGACAGUCAGAAGCAUCAUCUUUAGCACAUAAUUUUAGUUCGAGCCACAACAUUGUCUCCUGUGCAAAAGCAAACUUUUGCCUUUAUUUUUCCUUCAUUUACAAUGUAAUGUCUUCCUGUCCUUGUUGCCUUUCUAUGAAUCUGCUGCAGUUUGCCAAUGUCCUUUCUAAAAUGGACUGAACUGAGCAGAACUGGGCAGGAAUCAUGUCUCCCACCCAAGGGUGCUGUUGGAGUGCAGAAGGAUCUGGAGGGCAGCAGGAUUCCCACUCAUCCUGGGGGUCUAUCCAUCUGUCUCCUCUAUACCGCCUUCUCUCAUGUACUGCUGCUAGGCUGAGUGCCUUGGCUCUGGCUGAAGUUACAUACCUUUGUGGUAUAGGUUUUGUAAGAAUGCAGUAUGUCAAGGAACUUUGUGGCCUAAUGUGCUCUCAGUGUCUCCAGGCGCCUUGCUUUAGAAACGUGGGGCAGGGAUCACGCUGCAGGGAAAGAGAGGAUCAGGAAAAUAUCUUUUUCCCGAGUUGGGAGAAAUCUACACAAGAAAAUGAAGUAUUUUUCUCCCAAGACUGAUCACUUGGGAUAGUCUGUCCAUACAGAUGGCCACUCAGGUUUUGAGUGGAGAUGUGAAGAAGCGGGAUCUAGGUAGGAAAUGCUUUGCAUCGUUAGCCCCUUUCCGUGUUGACCAUAUUAUUAGAGGCCUUCCUUUACCAAGGUUGGAUUAGACACAGGAUCUUAGGCCGCUAUCCCCUUUGCAGGGAUUGUUCUUUGUUGGGCAAGUGUUAAAGUGCUUCUCAGCAGGCAACGGGCUCUUACCAGUUGGGCCAGUCUUUCUCCCCUCUUCCCCUGUGAUUGCUACAGCACUAGGCUAUUGUUCUUCAUGUUCAAUGAGAUCUUUCUGUACUCUGCUCCUGAUAAGAUUUUCCUCUUAUUCAUCUCGCAGGUAACCUCUAAACGAACCUUAUGAAGAAAACAUUGCCCUUUGCCUUACGUCUGAAAGGAAAGUACGCAGGAUUAACAAGAACAAGAAAUAAAUUGGAGAAAUUAUAUUUCAAGCUACAUACCUUUGAAUGUAAGGAAAGGAAGGAUUGUGCUGUAAAAAGAGGGGUUGGUAAAGAGAAAAUAAGGCUACAGCAAUACAGAGACUGGGAAGAGGAAAUGUCCUAUUCAGGAGUCCAUAUCUGUGAACUUCAGGCAUAAUAUUAGAAUAAUAAAUGUUAAAAAAUGGAAACUUCAUUGUCAAAAUCACACACAGGGGAGAAGCGACAUAAUUGUAAGGACUGUGGGAAAUGUUUCAUUAGGAGAAGUUCUCUUGCUAAACAUCAACUAACUCACACAGGAGAGAAGCCAUAUAAAUGUGUGGAAUGUGGAAAGAGCUUCAGUCAGAGUGGAAAUCUACACACCCAUCAAAGGACUCACACAGGGGAGAAGCCACAUACAUGCAUGGAAUGUGGAAAGAGCUUCAGUCAGAGUGGACAUCUGCGUAUCCAUCAAAGGAUGCACACAGGAGAGAAGCCACAUAAAUGCAUGGAAUGUGGAAAGAGCUUCUGUCAGAGUGGAGAUCUGCGUAUCCAUCAAAGGAUACACACAGGAGAGAAGCCACAUACAUGCAUGGAAUGUGGAAAGAGCUUCAGUCAGAGUGGAGAUCUACGCACCCAUCAAAGGAUCCACACAGGGGAGAAGCCACAUAAAUGCAUGGAAUGUGGAAAGAGAUUCAGUAAGAGUGGACAUCUGCGUAUCCAUCAAAGGAUGCACACAGGAGAGAGGCCACAUACAUGCAUGGAAUGUGGAAAGAGCUUCAGUCAGAGUGGAGAUCUACGCACCCAUCAAAGGAUCCACACAGGGGAGAAGCCACAUAAAUGCAUGGAAUGUGGAAAGAGAUUCAGUAAGAGUGGAAAUCUACGCACCCAUCAAAGGAUCCACACAGGGGAGAAGCCACAUACAUGCAGGGAAUGUGGAAAGAGAUUCAGUGAGAGUGGACAUCUGCGUAUCCAUCAAAGGAUUCACACAGGAGAGAGGCCACAUACAUGCAUGGAAUGUGGAAAGAGCUUCAGUGAGAGUGGAAAUCUACGCACCCAUCAAAGGACUCACACAGGGGAGAAGCCACAUACAUGCAUGGAAUGUGGAAAGAGCUUCAGUAAGAGUGGACAUCUGCGUAUCCAUCAAAGGAUACACACAGGAGAGAAGCCACAUACAUGCAUGGAAUGUGGAAAGAGCUUCAGUCAGAGUGGAGAUCUACGCACCCAUCAAAGGAUCCACACAGGGGAGAAGCCACAUACAUGCAUGGAAUGUGGAAAGAGCUUCAGUAAGAGUGGACAUCUGCGUAUCCAUCAAAGGAUACACACAGGAGAGAAGCCACAUACAUGCAUGGAAUGUGGAAAGAGCUUCAGUCAGAGUGGAGAUCUACGCACCCAUCAAAGGAUCCACACAGGGGAGAAGCCACAUACAUGCAUGGAAUGUGGAAAGAGCUUCAGUAAGAGUGGACAUCUGCGUAUCCAUCAAAGGAUACACACAGGAGAGAAGCCACAUACAUGCAUGGAAUGUGGAAAGAGCUUCAGUCAGAGUGGACAUCUGCGUAUCCAUCAAAGGAUACACACAGGGGAGAAGCCACAUACAUGCAUGGAAUGUGGAAAGAGCUUCAGUCAGAGUGGAAAUCUACGCACCCAUCAAAGGACUCACACAGGGGAGAAGCCACAUACAUGCAUGGAAUGUGGAAAGAGCUUCAGUCAGAGUGGAGAUCUACGCACCCAUCAAAGGAUUCACACAGGAGAGAAGCCACAUAAAUGCAUGGAAUGUGGAAACAGCUUCAGUGAGAGUGGACAUCUGCGUAUCCAUCAAAGGACUCCCACAGGGGAGAAGCCACAUACAUGCAUGGAAUGUGGAAAGAGCUUCAGUCAGAGUGGAAAUCUACACACCCAUCAAAGGACUCACACAGGGGAGAAGCCACAUAAAUGCAUGGAAUGUGGAAAGAGCUUCAGUCAGAGUGGAAGUCUACGCACCCAUCAAAGGAUGCACACAGGAGAGAAGCCACAUACAUGCAUGGAAUGUGGAAAGAACUUCAGUAACAGUUCGAAUCUUCGUACCCAUCCAAAGAUUCACACAGGAGAGAAGCCACAUCAGUGUUUGGAAUGUGGGAAACAAUUUGAUUGGAAAAGUUCUCUUACUAGACAUGAAAGGACCCACACAGGGGAGAAGCCAUAUGAAUGUGUGGAAUGUGGAAAGAGCUUCAGUCAGAGUGACAGUCUACGUUCCCAUCAAAGGACCCACACAGGGGAGAAGCCAUAUAAAUGCAUAGAAUGUGGAAAGAGUUUCAGUCAGAGUGGACAUCUACGUUCCCAUCAAAGGACCCACACAGGGGAGAAGCCACAUAAAUGCAUGGAAUGUGGAGAAAGCUUCAGUCACAGUGGCAGUCUACGUUCCCAUCAAAAGACCCACACAGGGGAGAAGCCACAUAAAUGCGUAGAAUGCGGAAAGAGCUUCAGUCACAGUGGCAAUCUACGUUCCCAUCAAAGGACCCACACAGGGGAGAAGCCAUAUAAAUGCAUGGAAUGUGGAAAGAGUUUCAGUCAGAGUGGACAUCUACGUUCUCAUCAAAGGACCCACACAGGGGAGAAGCCACAUAAAUGCAUGAAAUGUGGAGAAAGCUUCAGUCACAGUGGCAGUCUACGUUCCCAUCAAAAGACCCACACAGGGGAGAAGCCACAUAAAUGCGUAGAAUGCGGAAAGAGCUUCAGUCACAGUGGCAAUCUACGUUCCCAUCAAAGGACCCACACAGGGGAGAAGCCAUAUAAAUGCAUAGAAUGUGGAAAGAGCUUCAGUCAGAGUGACAAGCUACGUUCCCAUCAAAGGACCCACACAGGGGAGAAGCCAUAUAAAUGCAUAGAAUGUGGAAAGAGCUUCAGUCAGAGUGACAGUCUACGUUCCCAUCAAAGGACCCACACAGGGGAGAAGCCAUAUAAAUGCAUAGAAUGUGGAAAGAGCUUCAGUCAGAGUGACAGUCUACGUUCCCAUCAAAGGACCCACACAGGGGAGAAGCCAUAUAAAUGCAUAGAAUGUGGAAAGAGCUUCAGUCAGAGUGGACAUCUACGUUCCCAUCAAAGGACCCACACAGGGGAGAAGCCACAUAAAUGCAUGAAAUGUGGAGAAAGCCUCAGUCAGAGUGACAGUCUACGUUCCCAUCAAAGGACCCACACAGAGGAGAAGUCACCUUAAUGCACGGAAUAGGAACAGAGCUUUAGAAAAAGUUCAGCAUACAGUAGACAUCACAGAACUCAUGUACCUCUAGAGGAGACGGGCCUUUGAGUUUCCGAAUCUAUAAAAACACAUUGGAAGGAAAGAGGAAGGCCAGCACCUUGCUCUCUCUCCACCAUGAAUCGGAGUUUGUGUGGCCUUGGUUGACGGCUACUGGGAGCAGGUGUCACUCAGAAUGGCAGCAAGCUUGGAAGGGGUUCACCUAACCUCCUCCGCAAAGAGACCCAUCGCAGGCUUCUAGGAUGAUGUGUGAAGGUUUGCUGAAAUGAGCAGCAGCAGAGAUCUCUGGAUUAAAGGGUUCUGAAAAAGAAUAGCUCUUUGGUUGCAGAUAACGUCGUAUCUUCAUACUCCUGCCUUAUUUCUUGGCUCUUCUGCAUUCAAUGGCAUCAAUUGUUUCCCAUGCAUGUGUACUGUAUGUACUGUGAUCUGUCCUGAGUCCCUUGGUUGAAAUUUUGGGUGCUAGCCCUGUACUUUUAACCCUUUUCUGGACUUUGUUGUAUCCUGAAUCAUUGACUCUAAAUUCUGGACUGACGUCUAGGUUUCGUAUAUGGACUUGGACUUUGUUUGUAUCCCUGACUUUCUGGCUUGACUUUGGGACUCUAAAUUCGGUUUGUACUCUUGAUUUCUUGGUUGUUGUUUUAUCAACUCAGCUGAAUGAACUCCUGGCAUGUGACUGUUGGGACUGUGACCUUGGUUCUUGUUAAUUUUCACUCCUGACCUGUAUCUGCAGUACUCAACUUGUCCGCAAUAAUUGGACUCUUGACCUGCACUUGUAUUCAUUGUUCCUUCAAAUGUGUUGCUCCAAUUAUUUUAGCUCAGUGGCUCCCAACCUUUUUUUAACUAGGGAUCAUUUGUCAAGGGACCACUCUCCAAAAUUAGUACCAGAAGGGUUAUAAAUCAGUUUUUGGUCAACUUUAGAUUUGGUUUGGUUAUUUGGAGUGAUGAUUCAGAAAAUUGCAUUGGAUAGACCACGUCAGCUCUCAUUCCUGAUAUGCCAUCCAGUUAGUCGUCAUCUGCUCGCCCACAGAAAACCAUAUUUAAUAAUCCUCAGGACUAUAAGAGGGUUUCGCAAGACCAGUCACUCUCAUUGUAAUGGUGUAGUAACUGUGAGGCUGUGAACCCUAUUUUAGUUCUUGCGGAUCACUGGUGGUCCAUGGACCCCAGGUUGGGAACCACUGUUUUAGCUGGACUGAAGACUUUAGUUUUCCUAUAAAAUAAUAUGGUCUUGGCUUGUCUUGUGUUUGUUUAAUAAACCUCAGACUUUAUACCGAGAGAGCCCUGGAACAUGAGACCAUCAGCCUUGCUUUGUGUGUACUUAUCCCUGUGUAGAGUGAAACCCUUUCUGGAUAUGAGACUGUUCAAUCCCCACCUUUGGCAAAGGGUCCAUUAGGACACACAGUAUCCUUCCCCAACUGCAGAGAAUGGAAGACAAAAAAUGACUACAACGACUGAUGAAGAUUCAUGAAUCCGUUGAGAUGGACAUAUUAACUACAUUCAUGAAGUAUAGAACCGCAUUGAAAGGAAAUAAGAGUAAAUAGAGAUACAAAUCAUAUAGUGAGUGAGUUUUGUAAAUUAGCGUUUGAUGUCAGUUAGUUUUGUUCUUAUUGUCCAAGGUGUGUGUCCUUGUUCCCUUUAUAUUUGUUAAAUAGUCCUUUUUUUAAAAAAAUGUACCAAAAUUAUUAUUUGUAUAAAAUAUUGUUUUUAAAUACCAAAAUUGUAAUUUGUGUAAACAUGCUUUGAUUUGUUUUUCUUCUUUAGUCUUUGAAUAAAUAUUGUUUUUUAAAAA